AUGCUUCGCUUUCAGUUCUUUUUGUUCCUUCUUCUGCCAUGGAUGGCCUCGGCUGGUCCGAUCUCUCGCUGGCUAUCCCAGUCAUUGGAGGCACCUGAGCCGGCUUCUUUCCCCCUAUUGCCUAAUCUCGAACGGCGUGAAGCUGGCGGUAUCACCGAAAUCACACCUUUGGCGGCACCGACCCAGCUACCUUUCACGUACGACGAGCCAAUACCAACUAUGUCCCAUACGUCAACCACAACUCAUGAGAUCACCAGUCAAAAGCCAAUUACGACUCAUAGAACAACCACUAGUCCGAAGCCAACUACAACUCAGGUGCCAACUACCAGCCAUAUUCCGACUACCACUCAUAGGACAACCACUAGUCCGAAGCCAACUAUAAGCCAAUUUCCAACCACUACCUCUCAGGCGUCCACUACAACUCAGCAAUUCAUAUUCUCGUCCACAACCCCGGGAAUAUUGCAUUCAACGCCCAUAACUAGUUUAUUACCUGCCUAUAUUCCAGGCUCAACAUCCUCCCUCGAUUCCUUGGUGAUACCGAGUUCAGCCCAAUCUUCAUCGGCUGCACUUCUAGGAGGAACAAGCAGCAGCAAUCCUUCCAUUUCCACGCCGGUGAUCCCAAUAACCAAUGCCAUCCAGUCAGCAAAGAGCACACAGAAAAAAUAUACAUCACAACACCCUCCCACAUCGGGAUCCAAGCCAGUGGUGACCGUAACCGAGCCUGUGAUCGUAUAUGUGACCAAAGGAGCACCAAAUCCAUUUUCAACAAGCGUCAUCCAUCACACACCCAGUGUCAACAACUCACCAGUGUCGUCGGUAAACCCAACGGUAAACCCGUCUGCUGAACCGACAACUACAUCUUUGAAUUUUGUGACUAUACAUUCCACUGCAACGUCGGUUGUUCGUGUGACUGUUUACCCAACAUUGCCAUCGCCUGCUUCUUCAUCUUCGGUCUUGCCGUCCCCAACUGGGAGCGCCCCGAGUGUGAAUUCAGCGUCAAUAGAGACUAGUUAUGCCAGUGAAACGUCAGUUGUUCCCAUGGCCGCCAACUCGGCAACACCAUCGCUUCCUUCUUCGUCUUUGUUGUUAUCGUCGUCAAAUGAGAUUGCUUCAGUGGUGACAGCUCACGUCACUUCCACGAGUGUUGUUCCUCUGACUGUUUACCCGGCUACAUCGUUACCUGAUGCUGUGUCUUCAUUAUUGCCUUCCUCAAGUGCGAUUGGUUCUAUAGUGACAGUCCAUGUCACUUCCACAAGUGUUGUUCCCUUAACCGUUUACUCGACAACAUCGUCAUCGGCUCUAUUGGAGCCGUCCUUAAGUGAGACUGCUUCACUUGAGACUGCUUCACUUGAGACUGCUUCACUUGAGACUGCUUCACUUGAGACUGCUUCACUUGAGACUGCUUCACUUGAGACUGCUCCUAUUGUGACAGCUCAUGUUACCUCCAUAAGUGUUGUUCCAGUAACCGUUUAUUUGACCACACCGGUACCUUCUACUGUGCCUUCGUCGUUGCCAUCCUUAAGUGAGACUGCUCAGGCUGUGAUAGCCCACGUCACUUCCACUUUGACACCUGUUACCUCAACCUCCAAAAAGGACCAAGGGAUACUUACUGUGAACCCGGUUACACCGUCUGGCUUUAUCACGAUCACUGAGACCCAGACCGAGACAAAAACGGUGACAGAUCGCAUUACUGAGACUGUUACUGUCACUGUUACUCGAGAUUAA